AUGGCCCCAAUCAGCUUUGCUGGCCAUUUGAAGCAGCUAUACACGAAACGAGUCGAUGCUUCCCCACCUAUGCUGUCAACUCACACGACCGCCGUGCUCUCUGUUUUCGUGACAUUAGCAUACGUGCUACCGUUUUACCUCUCCAAGACAACCAGGCCAUCGCCUACUCUGAGUCGGGAUGCGCCGUCGGUGAUUCGUAGUCGGGUACGGGCCGUGACAAUGGCCUGUGCCGCCAGCACCGUGUUUAUUCUGAUCAUAGUGGCUCUAACAGGCGAAGCGUCGCUUCCAGAAGCUAUCAAGCUUCUUGGUUGGUGGCCCUUUGGGAUACUAGAAAUCGUCCAGUGCCUGCUUUUGACCGCCAUCCUGUUCACUGGUCCUCUUUUUGAGAGAGGAGUCGCAGAGAACGGUUGGAAAUCAUGGAUCCGUGGAGAGGGUGUAUCCGAAAUACUUCAAAGCUGGAUUGGCUUCCGUAACUUUGUCGCUGGUCCUAUUACAGAAGAGAUCAUCUUCCGCUCCGUCAUCAUCUCUCUUCACCUGCUAGCCAAGAUGUCUGCAGGGCGCAUUGUCUUUGUGUCCCCGCUCUACUUUGGAAUUGCACAUGUACAUCACUUCUAUGAAUUCCGCCUGACUCAUCCGGACACACCAGUGGCGGCCGCUCUACUCCGGUCGAUUUUCCAGUUUGGAUACACGACCGUGUUUGGCUGGUUUGCGGCAUUCUUGUAUCUAAGAACGGGCUCUCUGCCAGCAGUCAUCCUUGUCCACACUUUUUGUAACUGGUGCGGGCUGCCUCGGCUUUGGGGUCGCGUCGAAGCAAGCGUCCCUAUCGGACCGCCACAGAUGCGAUCCAAGGAGGACACAGAUAUCAGCCCGCUGCAGGUGGCUGGUGGCUGGCUGGCGAUUAGCUGGACUGUCGCAUACUACGUGCUCCUAGUUGCUGGCGCGGUUGGCUUCUAUUACCUGCUGUGGCCGCUGACCGAGUCUAGGUUGGCGUUGGCUUCCUUUUAG